AAUUCCUUUACCCAAAUGCAUUUUUCUUGGUAGCACUGUAACACUAUUUCCUUGACGUCAGAAUGAUGGUAAUAUGGUAUGUGGUAGGAUGGGAUAUGGUCAUGUAGAAGAAAGGUCUGUGUUGAGUCACGCCAAUUGAAGACGUCUUGACUAAGCUUCCUUCCUCUCUCCCACCAGCUGUGAUCGCCACUGCCGUCGCCGUCAAUAGCCCAGCAAGAUGGCGAUCCUGGAGGUGAACGAGAGCGGGGCGGUGUCCAUCCUGUACGAGGAGGAUAUGAACGUUACCAAUCUGGAAGAGAACGUAUUGAAGAGCAAUGACGUGGGCUACGCUCUCAACAUCACGAUGCCGCUCUGGGAGAUCGUGCUCACCGUUUUCUCCCUGAGCAUCAUCAUCAUCUUCAUCAUCGUCGGUAACGUGCUCGUCAUCCUGUCAGUGUUCACGUACCGGCCGCUCCGCAUCGUACAGAACUUCUUCAUCGUCUCGUUGGCCGUGGCGGACCUGACCGUGGCCGUGUUCGUGCUGCCAUUCAACGUCGCCUACAGCAUCAUCGGCAAAUGGAUCUUCGGGAUUCACCUGUGCGAGAUGUGGCUCACCUGCGACAUUCUCUGCUGCACGGCGUCCAUCCUCAAUCUGUGCGCCAUCGCCCUCGACCGCUACUGGGCCAUCACGGACCCCAUCAACUACGCCCAGAAGCGGACCCUGAAGCGCGUGCUGGUGAUGAUCGGCCUCGUGUGGACUAUCAGCGUCAUCAUCUGUCUUCCGCCGCUCUUCGGAUGGAACGACUGGCCGGAGACCUUCACGCUGGAGACCCCCUGCGUCCUCACCCAGGAGAAGGGCUUCGUCAUCUACUCCUCGCUGGGCUCCUUCUACUGCCCGCUGCUGAUCAUGACGUUGGUCUACGUCAAGAUCUUCACAGCCACGAGGCGCCGCCUCAGGGAGCGCGCCAACGCCUCGCGCCUCAACCAGAUCUCCAACACGUGCCGCGCCAACGUCACACGCGAGGAGGACUCGGUCGUCAGCGAGAACGGCCAGAAUGGCUACAACGACACCUGCAAGAAGAAGUUAGUGCAGAAGAAGCGUCGCAGGAAGAAGAAAGCCGGGAAAAGCACCACAGCCACCACCACAACCACCACCACUGCCGGCGGCACCGCCACCACCACGCUCAACACCGCUGGAUCCUGUACCACACUCAGCCCGCCGGUGAUGGCCGAGAGCUCCGUCACCGAGAAUGAGAUCAGCAACAACCAGAAGGACGAGUCUUCCCCGACAGAGGAGAAGCACGGGGCGGACGUUGUGGUGAAAGUGAACCCGAAGAGCGGCAGCCAGAUACACCAGUUCAUCGAAGAGAAGCAGAAGAUUUCGUUGUCCAAGGAGCGCCGCGCCGCCCGUACCCUUGGCAUUAUCAUGGGCUCCUUCGUGGUGUGCUGGCUGCCCUUCUCCCUCAUGUAUGUCAUCCUCCCCUUCUGCAGCACGUGUCCGCAACCCAACGAUAAAGUGAUCAACUUCAUCGUCUGGCUCGGCUACAUGAACUCCUUCCUCAACCCCGUCAUCUACACGAUCUUCAAUAUGGAUUUCCGCAGGGCGUUCGCCAGAAUCCUCAGGUGCCCCAACGCCACCACACUCUGAGGAUCCUCCACCCCCUCACAGGCUCAUUCCAACGCCCCUUCCCUCACUCCACUCCUUAUCCACCCCCACCCGGGACUUCCAAGUGUAUUUGAGGAGAUGGAAGUUGUGUCCUCACACUCGUGUCCCCGCACACACUUAUCCCAACAACCCGCCUGUCCAGGACUUCCAAGAGUUGAGUUGGUGAAGGAGGAAGUGAACAGACAAACACAGACAGAGCCACGCACGGAAGCAAUGAGUGGGAACAAUAAUAACUAUCAAUACCAACAUCGAGUGGGGUGAAGGAGGCUGCUGUUGCUAUUAUUUGUGCUAAGAAUAGGAGUAUAGGUAAGUGUUUCUUCUGUGAAGAUACAAAAACUCAAGAGUUUACGUGUUCAUGUUGAUGGUGGGAAGUAACGAUUUUUGUCACUUGUUGAUACGAUGUGCAGC